GGUUGGUCCUGGAGCAGAUGAGCGCAGAAUAUUUAGGCGAAAGCGAGAGGAGGGGGGGAGCGCGGGGCAGGAGGAGUACCUCGGCCAAGAAAAUUAUGCAUGCGUUAGGGAAGCUCUGAGAGAAUGGCUGUGGAAGCUCUCCACUGUGGUUUGAAUCCACGGGGUAUUGAUCACCCUUCCCGUGCUGAAGGUAUUAAACUGCAAAUUGAAGGUGAAGGUGUGGAAUCUCAAUCCAUUAAAAGCAAAAAUUUCCAGAAGGUGCCUGACCAAAAAGGAACCCCCAAGCGACUGCAGGGAGAAGCUGAGACGCCUAAGUCAUCUACUGUGAAGCUGUCAAAACCAGUGGCUCUAUGGACCCAGCAGGAUGUCUGCAAGUGGUUGAAGAAACAUUGUCCGAAUCAGUAUCAGAUCUACAGUGAGUCAUUCAAACAGCAUGACAUAACUGGGCGAGCUCUGCUGAGACUCACGGACAAAAAGCUUGAGCGUAUGGGGAUAGCCCAGGAGAACCUCCGGCAGCACAUCUUGCAACAGGUGCUCCAGCUGAAGGUGCGAGAAGAAGUCCGAAACCUGCAGUUACUCACACAAGCCUCAGCCGAGGGUUCUCCAUAAACAUGGUUAGCCUUCCAAGCUGCUGUCCUGCCAGUUGGUAUGAACAUGGCCUGCCUGCUCCCCACAGAAAGACUAACUCAUGGCCCUGCCGGAAGAGAUCCUUGGAGCAUUGACAGAUAAACCGGAUUAAAUGAAAAAACACCCACUCAGUCAAGAUUAUAAGCUUUGGGAAAAAAAAAAUCUUAGUUUGCUGUGGAUUUUUAAAUGAGGUGCAUAAUUAUACAGUGCCAAUUUGUUCCAAGUGGUCAUUGGCAGACCCUUCACUGGAAGAUGGCUUCCAGUUUUCAUCACUGUGCAUAACUCAAGUUCCCUUUGGGGCACUGUCUGUGCCCAUCACUACCAGUCCUGUUUUAGCAUGGCAACUACUGGAUUAUUUUAUUAUGUGUGCAGAUGGCAUGAUGUUUUAGAAAAAAAAUUACAGCAGUUCUGCAGUCUCGGUGGAAGUGUUCACAAUAUUAUGCCCUGAUAGGAAUGUAAACGUGUCUUGGUUAUGUUAGUUAUGAUGUCCAAAGGUAUUCUGUCCAACUCUGAAGCACUUUAUAAAAGAACACUACGCUGAGAUGAAUUAGCACGUUUGGUACAUGUAGGAAUACAAGUAUUUUGUUUUUUCUUUUAUAAAUCUUGUCUUAUUUCUGGCUCAGACUGUCCAAGAUAAGCUCUACUACUAGCAUAUUCCCCAGUCGUUUGUGGUAGGUUGGUGUAAAUAUGGCCACAAUACUGUUAGACCUAACCUCUUGACACUUUACUGAAUAACCGGGUUACUUGUAACACCAAAGGGAAGUAGGAGCUUGCCUGGGGGAUUGGAACACUGAAGCUGUUGGUUCCUUAUACCAAGGCACAACUUAACACAUGUACAUACAAAUACUCAAGUACAGGAGGCUUCUCUUUGGCCAAUGUACAUAUUUUCUCAUUCUAUAGAGAAGGAGGAUGGCCUUCUUUUUAAUUAAAGACCAUAGAUGCCAAGGGCAGCAAAAUGCAAUUUUCCUGUGUGAGAUCCCACUUAAACAGUGGAAAAAAUUCUAAGUCAAGUUCAAUCACAAUUCUCUGAAGAGAAACAGUAUCAAGUGACCCCUUUGUGCCUAAAGAAGGAAAGGUUCAGUCCCACACUAGGUUCCUUACUCAGCAUAGAACCUUCUACUCCCUUUUAAUCCUUUCUGGGAUUUUAUUCAUGACUAAUUUUUUUUUCACUCUCUAAUAACAAAGCACAGUCUUAGGAACUGUCUACUCAGUGACUUGUAGCUUGUCUUUGAUACUGACUGGACCUAUAUUUUAUUUUAGCUCAUUUUUCCCUGGAUACAAAGUUGGCUGAAUGAAAACCUCAGCAGAGUAUGUUCUGUGUGCCUACUACCCCCGCCUGAGGCCGAAAGGCAUCAGAGAUUUCUCUUUAAAAUAGAUGUGACAGCAUCUGGACCCCUUCCAGCACAAGUGAGCAGGGCAUUUUGGGGUUCCUUGAGUCCUCACUGUCUCCACUUGGGGUUCAUGAAAGGGAGAGAGAUCCAGAUGUGAUUUGGACCACAAGCCUGUCAGACUGUAAAGCCACAGAAGGGGUGUCCAAGAGGGAACUCAGAGAAGUUCCAGUCACCACUGAGAUCUGACCCUCUGACGUGUCAAUAUCAGGACCACAGGGCCCACAGCAAACCAUAAGACUCUACAAAUUCAGAAUUAGGAGGUCAAAUUCUGACUGUCAGUGCCUCAGGAUAUAACAUCCCUAUCUCCAUUGCCCGUCUCUUGAGGCCUAGUUCCAACAGAAAGACUUCUCUGUCCUUCCAGUCCUCUCUUAAUUCAGCCAGCAUUUGAGUAUCUACCAUGAGCCAAUCUUUGAGCUGGGACCACUGCAGCGUACCAGGCAGACUCUCCUGCCCUUCUAAAACUGUACCUCCUCUUCCCAAACACUGUCCCUUCCCCACUCUUCCACAAUGAAAACUGAUUUCAGACAGCAUUCACUCUCUGCCAGAUUAACCCAGGAAGAUGCACACGGCAGCAGGCAGGUCCCUUGCCUGAAGGAGUGGACAGCACCAUAGCACAUUAUAUGUACCCUUCCUGUACAGCCAGCCCUUCCAGAUUGAGCUGGUUAGAGCUUCCCAGAGCAGCUUUCAGGUUACUCUCCUUGAAAUCCACCCUGGUCACCUGUUUCCCCAUCCUUCCUUUAUAUAGACACAGCCAUUGAUCACUAUGCUGGAAUCUCUAAAGCUCCAAUUCUAUAAUGAGUCCUGAGGACAAUGAAUUGGAUGUGAUGAAUCCUAAAGAACUACUGCCAGGUGCUGAGAUAUUGUAGCUGGGAAUGAACUGGUCCAGCCAGGGACAUCCUGGGACUACACUACUACACUCUUGGAAAAUUGGACAUGCUUUAUGGUGCAGAUAUUCACUAAGUGGUGGGGUGCAUUGAUACUUUGGCUUUAAAAGUCUGAACAUAUUAAAUAAAUAGAGUUUCCUAGCUUACAUUUUUUUUUUUUUUGAGUCAAAAGAGUGCUAGAUAAUUACUGAAAAGACAAUGGGGAAAGGUGGAGAUGGGAGAAGACAAAUGUAAAAAUGACCAUCAAAGAACUCAGUUGAAGAUGGUGUCUAAAAAUACCUUUAUGCCUGGCAUACACCACUUACUUGCGUAUGACUACUCCUGUUUUCCAAACUGCCCACCUCUGUUUGAAAUUAUUUGGGGGCAUAGCUUUGGAGACGUGGUGGAAUAAAAUCUGAGCAGUCACAAGCUAAACCAGCAAAAUGGAGAAGUGACUUUGUUCAUAGCCUCUGGCUUCCAUGGUGAUCCUCUGAGAUUUCCCAUGCUGCUUCCUGCUGACCUAUACCUUUUUCCCAAGGGGAAUGUGUGUGUGUGUGUGCGCGCGCACACGUGCGUGCACGCACGCUUGUGCAGAAUUUUACCUCCCAGAAAUUCAGAAAUGGCUGUGCAGUGAGUUUUGUUUAGUAAGAAGCAAGAGAUGGGGAGCUAAGGGAUAAAUAUUUUGAUGUGUAAGGGCUGUAAACUGUUGAUGCUUAACUUUUACUUAAACCUGUGCUACACCUUUUAUUAAAAGGCUCACACCCACACUUGUGCAGGGAAGGCAGUCUUGGGAAUGAACAGAAAUGAAUAAUUAUCAGACUCUCCAGGGUGCCAAGGGGAUUAGCUUGUCCCAGCUCCAGAACUGAAUUUAAAUAUGCAGAGCAUUGGUGGUUCUGCUCCAGUAAAAGCAGAUCACUUCAGUAGCUUGAGACAUGCCUGGGGAUAAGGGACAUAUCAGCUCUCCUUAUGGGGAAUGGCCUUCCUUCCAGUCGUUGCGCAGGCUCUGCGAGGUGUGUCCCCACAGAUUUGACUUCGACUUCCAGAAAGUAAAGACAUAGAUGAAUUCCUUUAUCCCCUAAAGAGUUCCCCACCCAGAGUCACUUUGCAGUUGCCCAAAUAGAGAGGCUUAUGGUCCUUAGUUCUGAGGGAAAUGCACCAUUUUUAUUUCUUCCAGGUAAAAAGAGAGAUCAACCUUCCAAGAGAAUAUAAACUAAGGAUAAAAACUUCUAAAGCCCCCACCCUUUCUAUUUGCAAAUGCUUUCUUUGCCUGCAAAUGUCACAUAACUGAUUUGGGGUGGUAACAAUAAAAGUCUCAGGGAAGCUAAAGUUUCCGGACCCCCUGAGCACUUUCGUUUUACUCAGCCCUCCUCUUCUAGAGCAUUUGCAGCCUCCAUCUUUGAGAUGUUUUCCUCCUCAUUCUUUAGAGUAAUUUUGCUACUUGACAACUAGACUUAAAGCUGCCAUAGACCCUUAAAAAUCUAAUCUUUGAAAGUGACAGAAAUUCCUUUAUUCCCCAAAGGCUGUUUCUAUUCACCUCUCCCUUGGCUUUGUUUCCUAUGCGUGUGUGAUUUUCUUUUUUUCCUUUUCAUCUCUUUCUUUUAACAUAGUGCUGUGGGUAGAUUUCAAGCAUUCUCUAAAGAACUUGAAUAGAAAAACAGAGUCCUCACCUUUUUUUUUUUUUUUUGCCCAGUCCUGACUAAUAAUUCCUUCUUAAGCUUGACCUUGGUGACUGCUAUCUGCCCAAACAGCAGUGGAAUUCUCAUCUCUAAGAGGGGACUGGUCAGCCCUGAUCAUCAAAACUAAAUCGAGGGAUCAGGGAGGGGACAGGCCAGGAGAUGUUCCUACUGGGGCACAGCUGGAGACUCUAUUUCAAAGACAGGCAGGGUUUGCCCCUCCUCUCCUUAAAUCCGCAUCUAAUCCUGGAGCCCGAGAACUGUCCUGUGGAUUCCCCUGGCAGCUUCAAGGUAAAAGAGGGCUAUAUUUCCAUUAUUUUUGCUCCAGUGACUUUCAAUAUUCAGGAGACAGGGUACAUUAAUUUGAAAGCUGUGCUGGUCAAGAGCACAGGCGGGUUCUGCCACACCUUAAUAAAAAGAACAACAACAUAGAUGCUUCUCAUCCGAGAAGGUGGCUGAAGGGACAGUGUCAAUACUGGUGUCUUCUGCCCAUUCCUUCGUUCCACAGGUGAAAUCCUGGGCAGGGGAGUAGGAGCAGACAGUCAUUGUUUCUAAAAAUUUUAGGGUAAAAUUUAUCAGCAACCAAUGCAAAAGGAAAGAGUCAUCAGGCAUGAGCCCGUUCUAGUCCUCUCACCCAGCGGCAAAAUGACUAAGAGAUGGCUUCCAAGGAACAAGUGUAAAAGGUUUUGCAAAACUGAAGUUUCAUUUGCCACAUAAGGCUAUUUAAAAAUCUUGAAGCACCCCAAGCAUUCCGAGAUCAGAGCCUCCCUCUCCUAAUUACAUCCAGCAUGAAAAGGCACAAACAGCCUACUCUUAAAUUAUAAUCCGUCACCCUAUGUCUUGUGUUGGACUGCAGUUGGGUGGGUGACAUCACAAAGUGUUGUUGCUAUUAGACAUUGUUCAUAAUCACACAAAAUCUGCAUAUUGUGAUGCCAAUAGUUUGGGAGUUUCACUUUGUUGUUGUUUAUUUCGUGAUUGCUUCCCAACCCUCAGACAUACCCAGGAGACUUAGAAAGACUCUGAAACCCAGGCCUUCUGCCUAACAUGCAGUAUCAGAAACAGCCCUACCUACUGUGAACUAUAAAAAGAUUUUUCAAUUAAAUUAAUCUGAUCUUGGAGAUACUCAUACCUAAAAUUAUUAUAACCCUGAAGACAUUGCUGUUUGCCUGACACAUUUUUCAUAGGCUUUUAAAAAUUCAGUUGUUUGGGGGCUAGAGAUAAAGCUCAGUUGGUAGAGUGCUUUCCUCACAUGCAGAAGGCCCUGGGUUCAAGCCCCAGCACCACAAGAAAAAAAAGAAAAAGAAAUUUUAGUUGUUUGGAUCAAGAAAUUAAUAGUUGGUUUUGAAUAGUUUGGCCACAUCAGCAUACACAUAGCUACCAGAUGUAGAAUUCCAGGUUGGGUUGAUGUGCCAGAGUUCACAGUUCUGUUAUGUGGGAUUGCACUUAAUCACCUCCACCCCUCUCAAAUUCUAUGAAAAUAUAUUAAAACACUUUAUGCUAAAAAAAAAAAAAAAAAAAAAAAAACUAAAACAGUAAACUCUUAUUCGAUCAUUAUUUCACUUGGGGUGGGGAAACUCAUUUGGAAAAUAACUUUGAAGAAAACUUUGCUUGCUAUUAAGUGCCUCCAACCACAGAGCUUGCUCCUGUCCCACAAACUGAGAAUUCUCUUCUGCCAUCUGCUCAGAGCUUAGCCCAUCCUCUAAAAUAGCACAGAUGCCACAGAAACACCUUUUAAGCUCAAACACAAUUGCAAAAAUAAGAUUUAGAAUUUUAACACUGCCACGGUCCUUGAUUCUAGGAUCCCUGAAUCAGUUCUAGUUCUUUUGUAUCUAUUUUCAGUGUUUUUUAAAACCACAAUUGACUACAUUUUGUCUGCAUUGGGAGCUGCUUAUGAAUCCAAGCUGGCAGCUUUUGGCAAUUCCUGUGUCUAGAUUCUAGAUAAUGCAUGUUUCCCCACAUACCAGCUAAGGGGUUUUCAUGGGCACAUUGAAGAGGCCCCUAGAUACAGGUAGAUACUGAGGGAAAUGUGAGACAGGGAGGUUGUCCAUGUUUCAGCCAUGUUUUAGUGCUGGUACUUUUGUCUUUCUCAUUUUCUCUCUCUCUCUCUCUUCUUUCCCCCCCGCCCUUGGAAUAGAACCUAGGGUCCUGCACAAGCUAGGCAAGUUAGGCAAGUGCUCUCUACCACUGAGCUACAGCCUUAGCCCUUCCUUUUCCUUCUUAUCCCUCGCCCACCUCUGAUAACCAGCAAGCAGAAGCUAUAACCUCUGCAGUAGGUGUUGGUCCCCACUGGGGACAGGAGGGAAUUCCAUUUGCUUAAACUCACACCAGGCAACCAACCGUAAGGCACUCUCUCUACUCUGUAUAGUUUAUCCUCCACCAAUAGGGAAAUACUGUCCUUACAAGGCCAUGUUUGAGGAGACUGAGGUUUGGCUAGUAAAAGAGGCUUGCAUUGCAAAGAGCUGAAAAAUAGCAGACUCUUGACUCUGCACUGUGAGCCUCAGUCAUGAUUGGGCAGAAGUAACUGAUCUCCUAAAAAACCAAGCCAGCAAAAAUGUUUAGAAACUAAUUCCACUGAAACUCUCAUAUCACUAAAUCACACUACUGUAGUUCCAGUUAAUCCAACUAUUUAAUAUCAUUAGGCACUAAAUUAAAUAGCUUUAUACAAAAUUUUAGAAAAGAUCAAUAUUGUAACAAAAUUACAUAUUAGCAGUAAAAAGCACCUGAGAAAAGAAAAUAUUGAUCUGUUGUGGUUUAUAUACUUGAGUUAUUCUUAGGACUUUGUAGGGAUUGGCACUGCUCUGAUAAGGGCAAUAAAAUGGUCCGAAUUUGAGAACGCUGGACUAACGGAAAUUGCCCAGUCUCCCUGGGCCUCCACUUGUCUGGGAUGCUCUGUCCCUGCUCAGCAGACCAGGUUAUUUGGAGACUAAAUGGAGCUGACGAGAGAAGCUAUCCCACUCCACCAAUGCAUGCAGAAUUAUCAUGGCAAGCUGGAUUAUGGGCUUUAUUUAAUGACAUCUUUCCUAACAUGAGGUUUUUCUCCUCAAAGCUUGUAUUUCUGGGAUUUAGAAAGGAAAAAGAAAGAAUAAUGCGAAAGUAACAAUCACCAUUUUACAUACACACAUAUGCUUUUUCCAGUAUUUGGGAGCCAGUCUGUAGAGCCCAUUCCAAGGUGUCCCUCCAUCUCCACCUCUCCACCUCCCAAAGGCUCAGAGCACCAGGACCCAGGGAGAGUCCCCCAUGAGAGUAUGAAGUUGACUAGCUGAGGGCCAUGGGAUGGAGAGACAGACACCAAGCUUCCUCCAGGAGGAGAAACUGCGUAUUGUGAAUUAGUAUUCAUUUGAGGAGAGCAAGAGGAAGGAAAAAAAAAACACAAUGUGAAUUAAAUAUAAGACCAAUGCAUUCCUUACAGAAUAUGAGGAGGGAAUCUGACUAAAAAAAAAAAAAAAGAAAACCUGGUUCAUUCUUUUCAAACUAACCUGGCUAAAAAGCACAUUUCAUAACACAGAAGCCUGUGUAGAUGGUAGACAUUUUUAUAGCUUCCUUAAGUGAGCAGUUAAAUGAGAAGUCUGAGUUCUGUUGGUCUCCCAAGAGUGGUUAAUGAAAUAAGCAUUUCCCUUAUUCAUUGCCCGCACUGUAGUGCUUUUCUCUCUCUAUGCACCCUAGGAAGACUCCCACACCCAGACUUAGGAGGACACAACCAAGUUAUCGGCCAAACAAGAGUGCCUUCUCUGUUGGAUGUUCACAUUCAUUCCCUGGAUUCCCAGGGCCUAAGAUGUUUAGAAUCUUUUUUUCUCUAAACAUAAGAAUUAUUGUGCACCACAAUUUUGAACCACUGAUUUCUGUAUCUUAAGCAGCUAUCAACUUGCCAAUUCCCUUUGGGUCUUCUUUCUAUUUUCUUAUAAUAUUUCCUUCUGUUUUGGGUUUUCCUCAAGAAGAACUGGGGGCAUGAUUCUUUUUAAAUUGAUAAAAAUGAAACUGUACAGAUUUUUGCCCCCUUGUAUCCGUGAGCAUGAUCUCUAUCAGGCUUGAAAAUCUGCUUUAUCAUUUUGUAUAUUUGACUAUUUUGUAUUCAGCAUUACUUGACUCCUUAUAUGCAUGGCAAUGUAUUAAAAUGUGGCAUUUCUA